AAAUGACGACACGGAACUUACGACACCUUACUAGCGGCUUUACGGCAACACGCUCUCACCACGGAAGAUGGCGGCGAGGAAGGAGGUAGCGGUGGUGGCGGCGGCGGCGGCGCUCGGCUCUCCCGUGAAGUUGGUGCAGAUCGACGGCCUGGUGGUGCUGAAGAUCAUUAAGCACUGCCAGGAGGAGGGCACGGUACAGGACGUGGCGCAGGGGGUGUUGCUCGGCCUGGUGGUGGAUGACCGCCUGGAGAUCACCAACUGCUUCCCGUUCCCGCAGCACACAGAGGAUGAGUCCGAUUUUGAUGAGGUUCAGUAUCAGAUGGAGAUGAUGCGCAGUCUCCGGCAUGUCAACAUUGACCAUCUGCACGUCGGUUGGUACCAAUCGACUUUCUAUGGUUCCUUUAUCAGCCGUGCACUGCUCGACUCACAAUUCAGCUACCAGCAUGCCAUCGAGGAGUCGGUUGUGCUCAUAUUUGAUCCUGUGAAGACAGCUCUGGGUAGUCUGUCUCUCAAAGCGUAUCGCUUGACACCCAAGCUCAUGGAACUGUACAAGGAAAAGGAAUUCAGCUCGGAAGGAAUAAAAAAAGCUGGUGUGACGUAUGAGCAGAUGUUUGAGGAAGUUCCCAUCAUCAUCAAGAACUCGUACCUCACUAACGUGCUGGAGGGGGAGCUGGAGGGAAAGUCCAAAGUGGCCGAUAAACAGGAGCUCCUCAGCUUGGCGAGCAGCAAUCACCUAGAAAAGAACCUGCAGUUGCUAAUGGACCGCAUAGACGACAUGGCCUCUGACAUCGUCAAGUACAACACGCACUUGCGCACUCUGGGAAAGCUACAACAGCAGAAGACGCAGUAUCUACAGAAGCGCCAGCAAGAAAACGUUCAACGUGAGGCGCGUGGUGACCAGCCAUUGGCAGAGGAGGACAUCAGCAAGCUCUUCAAGCCGCCAGCACCUCCUUCCCGUCUUGAUACCCUGCUUAUCGCUGGACAAAUCAACACCUACUGCCAACAAAUCAAUGAGUUUACAUCGCAGAACCUGGGAAAGCUGUUCAUGGCAGAAGCUCUCAACAGCAACAACUGAGCUUCCAGUAUCUCAAGGGGGGAAAGGCCAGUCUUCACUCACUCUAUUACCAAACAGGAUACAUUGCUUACAUGAGUUGUAUCUAAAUUGCCCAAAACAUAGCUAACAUACUUGGUGUACACUUGAGUGUUAUUAUUUGCAACAUGUUUAUUUGAAGUAACUAUCUGCGAUAACAUGGACAGGUGCAUGUGACUACCAUCUCCAUUGCAUUGUUAAAAUUGAAACAAGGAAUACACAUUUUUGAAGACUUUCA